AUGCCGACAACCGAGGUGCCCAAAAUGCACCACUGUAUCCAUUGCCUUCAGGCUUCAUUCAAUUGGCUUCCUGCGUCUGCCGCAAAAGGGCGGAACGGAGCCGCCUAUACCGGAUGCUCUUCCACUGGUUGCGCACUUCGCAAUGGCUCCAAGGGAUGUUGUUGCGACGAAAACGACAACAGCUGGGAACCGCUCUCAAGCGAACAUGUCCAACUUCUCGAAGCAUUCUAUGCUCAUCAGAUCUGUGACUGGAAAAGCGACGCUGAAUACUUGAGCGACUCGUUUGUCGUCGAUUUCCACUCCAGACUUGACCGUGCCUACACCAAGAUCAAGGCCGCCACCCACAAUUCUCAUGUCACAGCGAGUACCACCGACCAAGAUACGAUCGAGCACGCCCUGGCUAUCGAGAACCUGCGGGUUCAAAUUGAUAUCAGCAACUCCCUCCGCGGAAUCUUUAAGACCCUCCACCGUCGCGACGCCUACAGCAGCCUCUCGAAUGGCAAACUGGAGUUGAAGCGUGGAUAUCCAACUUUACCUCCUCGUGUUGGUCCUGACGCCCUGCCUCAGCGAUUCUUCUUAGAGACUGGGCAGGUGGACGGCAUCAAGCGAUCUGCUCCUGGUAGUGAUGGGAAAGGAUGCGGGCGGCGGGAAGAAGCCCAAAACUAA